AUGGCCGCCGCUCAUCCUAUGACCACCUUGAGUAAGGUGCUGGGGAAUAUGAGAGCGCUGGCUGACCGAAUCAACUGGAUUCGCGUAUGGUUCACUGGCGGACUACCCAUAAUUGCCCUGAUAAUCGGCAUUCUGUGGGUACCUUUGCAGUCUCGAACCGCAAUUUUUACCAUCAUUUACGUGACGGCCUCUGGGAUGAGCAUCACUGCAGGGUAUCAUCGUCUGUGGGCACAUCGAGCCUAUUCCGCAGGGACGUUUCUGAAAAUUGUUUUCGCACUUUUCGGCGCCGGUGCAGGGCAAUCAUCGAUUAGGACAUGGUGCAGGGACCAUCGAGCACACCAUCGCUAUACAGAUACCGAUAAAGAUCCAUAUUCUGCCCAGAAAGGCCUGUUCUAUUCCCACUAUGGAUGGGUCGUGAUUAAACGGAAGCCGGAGCAAACAGGCCGCGUGGAUAUUCAAGACCUCUCAAAUGAUCCGAUCGUCAUGUGGCAGCGUCAACACUACCUCACACUGCUCUUUCUGAUGGCAUAUAUAUUCCCGACAGUAUUCUGUGGGCUCAUGUAUGAUGACUUCGCUGGAGGGUUCAUAUGGGCCAGCUGCAUCCGACUGUUCGUGAUCCAGCAGGGAACCUUCUGUGUCAAUUCUCUCGCUCACUGGGUUGGAGAUCAACCUUUUGCGAACAGACUCUCACCGAGAAACUGCUGGUUUGUUGCGCUCAUCACUUGGGGAGAAGGAUAUCACAAUUUCCACCAUGAGUUUCCGGUCGACUACCGAAAUGGAAUCAGAUGGUUCCAAUGGGACCCGACGAAGUGGCUUAUCUGGUUCUGCGAGAAAGUCAACCUUGCCUCGGACUUGAAACGGUUUCCAGAAAAUGAGAUUCAGAAGGGUCAAUUCCAGCAGAUUGAGCGCCAGUUGGAACUUCAGCGUCACGAGAUUUCCUGGGGGAUUCCGAUAAGUCAGCUGCCGGAAUGGAGCUUUGAAGAUUAUACUGAAAAUGUCAAGAAUGGUCGUCGCUUGCUUGUUGUUGAUGGUGUUGUUUAUAACGUUGAAGAGUUUGUUGGCCGUCACCCUGGUGGGGAGAGGUAUUUGCUAGAGCAUAUCGGUAAGGACGCUACAAAGUUGUUCCAUGGUGGUGGAAUUCAUGCUCAUUCAAACGCGGCCGAGAAUCUGCUAUCGACGUUGCGAUUCGCGAGGAUAGCUGGUUCUAGCCAUCGUCAAGAUUAA